GAGAGAAAGAGCUUUCUGGGGUGCUUUGCUCAUGCGAAAUAUAAAUGAGCUUCUCUUCAAGAAACGAAAAAGAUUGAAAAUAAAUAUGAGGUGCCGUAAUGUUAAUGCAUAAAAGAUUAUACUCUUAGGUACCCAUUGCUUCAAUGGUCUCUCCUGAUAAUGAAACACGGGUUCCUGGCAAGAUUGGUGACCGGUCAGCCAGUGAUGUAGUUGUGAGACUACGAACACAGGAUGGCCGAGAUGACUGGAUAUACUGUCAUUCCCACAUACUCAUAGAAAAAAGCAAGUAUUUUGCUGACCGCCUCUCUGAGAAUUGGCCAACGUGUCAGGUUCUUGAUUCCCGCAACUGUGUUGAGGUUUACUGUCAUGAACCUGACUUUGACUACUAUGUCAAUGUUGUACGCCUUCUCUAUGCUGUCAUAGAUGGCUCAAUGGAUGAAAUGUGGCAUGGUGUUAGAAAUGCCCUUGGCAUACUGCAGGUGGCUGUCAAGCUUGGGUGCCCACAAAUUGUUACUGCUUGUGUGAAGUACUUGGAAGCUGUCCCGUGGGAAGACGCUGAGGAGGAGGAAAUUCUAAGAAUCAUACCACGCAUGGGAUUACAAACAGAGCCCAUUCUUGCCCGGCUCCAACCGAUCAAUCCAUCAGCUAUCAUGGGGGUUUUUCUCUCAGGCCUCCAAUUUGCCACAUCGUCCCCUCCACCAAUGAAUUAUGUGAAAAUUUCAGCACAGAAGCAGCUUAAGUACAUGAUAACUGAAGAUGGCGAUGCCCCUCUAUUAACUGCUGAUGAUGAGAUAAAAUUGGAGGUGAAAGAAUGCGUAAAGAGGCUAUUGUCCAGAUUCAACAAUCUAUUAGAAGCUUUGUUGCGUGAACCUGUAGAAUCGGUUUGUGGGCCUGGAAUAAUGUCAUUUCAAUCCUAUCUCUCUGAUUUGAUAUGGGCUUGUCAGAUAUUGGAUGAGCUGGAAAUUAUGAGCGAAUUUGUCAACAACUGGAUUGAUGCAUCAGAUAAGAUAGUCAAAUUUGUUGAGCAAGUAAGUCCAAUUGCUGAUAAAACUGAAAUUACUGAGACAAGGAUCCAUGUUAUUGUAGCUGUAGCCAGAGUUUGGGAGGCAAUAGGGUGUGGCACUGUUAUAUUGCCAACUGAGAAACGGCUUCAUGCAGUGAAGGUGUGGCUUCCAUUCGUGAGGGUUACAAAACCUUUUAUUGAUUCUGUCAUAACUAACAGUGACGGUGAUGGAGACGGUGACAAUGCUCUGGCAAUUAAAAUAGGUGGCGAGCUGUGGCAAUACUUGGAAUCCACAUUGGUUUCAAUAAUUGUUGCCUUGCCGUCUGAGAAUCAGGCAGAGAUAUUAACUGAAUGGCUAGGAAAUGAGCAUAUUCAGUAUCCAGACCUGACUGUGGCAUUUGAGGUGUGGUGUUAUAGGUUCAAGGUUGCCAGGAGAAGGCUAUCAUUGGUAGUGGGAGAUCAUGGUACGACCAACACACACUAACGUUUUUGCAUAUUUUUAUCCGUACAGUACACACCCUUUAGCAAUCAAGGCAUCUAGAGAGAAAAAUUAUCCUAAAACAAAUCAGAGAAUGGUUUAGAAGGAAAAUUUUCUUGCUUUGAAUUCCUUGUUGAAUGUAUAGUUUUAGGGGUGUUAUAAUCAUGUGAUGUAGGGCUUGUUCAAUUGUAAAAUUAGUCACAUUCAAGUUUUUGAUUUUGUGGAAGAACUGAAAUCAUACUGUCAAAUUUACUUAGACCAGUUUUAUCAUAUAGGACAAUUAGUUUAAUAUGCUUUUAUGCUAUGACUAAUGAGCAUGAGGUCCUUGUUUUGCUUA